GCUGGUGGUGGCGAUGGUCUACUACGGCAUCAGCAUGGUGUCCACUGACCUGGGAGGGGACGUUUACACCAACUUCAUCCUCACGAUGCUGAUUGAAAUACCGUCGUACGUGUUCUGCGCACUCACCACCCUUAAUCCACUCGGUCGAAAGCUGGUGAUAGGUGGUGCCUUCCUGCUAAGCGGACUGGGCGCCAUCUGCGCAGGACUCGUGCCGGCCAACGAACUGGAGUGGCUGACGACGACCUUGGCGCUGCUGGGCAAGUUCGGCGCGGCGUCAGCGUUCUCGCUCCUGUUCCUGUACACGGCGGAGCUGUGCCCAAGCGGAAUGCGUGUGAUGGGCGUGGGCAUGGCCUCAGCCUGCUCAAGAAUCGGCUCCGUGCUCGCACCGGUCAUCGCCGAUCUGGGCGACGACACGGCCACGCUGCCGCUCUGCAUUUUCGGGGUGUGCGGUCUGCUGGCGGGCGGCAUGACGGCCUUCCUGCCGGAGACGAGUGGACGCGACCUGCCCACCACGGUCGCCGAGGCGGCUGACUUCGGACGCGACCAGGCGUGGCUGCCGAUCCCGUGUCUGGUGGCCCGGCGACGCCGACGGCAGUCUUCCCUGACCGGUCACGACGGGUCGAUGGAGGGACACCAGGCGCCGGCCGCCGCAGGAGACGCCGCCGGAUGCAGCCAGCCGCCGCUCGCGAUGAUACGCCAAGUAUUGUUCAGUGUUGUGUCAAUGAGGUCAUCUGGUCAUGCCGUUUAAGCGAUGCCGCCCGUGCUGUGGGCUUUGAUAUGCUGAUG